AUGCCUCUGGGGAUCCUCGAAGCAAAGGGGAUCGAGCAUGUUCCUGGCACAACCCAGUACUUUGACGAUCCGUCUCGACCUCAGAUAGCUGGCGAGCAUCAUGGAAACCUCAAGCGCGUACAAGUUGGGACCGAAACCAUUAUCCUCAUCCCUCAGCCUUCUGAUGACCCAAACGAUCCGUUGAACUGGUCACUUUUGCGACGCGACCUGAUUACCUUUCUGCUCUGUUUCGCGGGUAUUCUCGCUACCGCACUCGGUCCUAUCCUCGCUGCCAAUACGAUCACAAUAUCUCUACUCUUCUCGAAGGAUUUCACAAAGGUUGCCCUAUUGACUGGAUAUUUCUUACUGGGAUGCGGCGCUGGUGCUAUUUUCUUCGUUCCGUCCGGCCGUAUCUGGGGAAAGCGACACUUGUUCCUCAUAGGUAUCCUCAUUCUUAUCGCCUCCAGCGCGUGGGCUGGGUCUGUAGGAACCAAUUAUGGAAGUUUUAUUGGAGCCAGAAUUGUUCAAGGCGUUGGUUGCGCACCCUACGAGAGCUUGCUCAAUGCAGCUGUGGGUGACCUCUACUUUGUCCACCAGCGAGGAGUGAGAAUGGCCUUUACGAACCUGGCGGUCUUCGGUGGUGCCUUCUUCACACCCAUCUUGGUGGGCAAAAUCACUGAUUCCAUGGGAUGGAAGUGGACGUUCUACUUUGUUGCCAUCUUUCUUGCUGCUACACUCCCAGCCAUUUUCUUCUUCUGCCCCGAGACGGCAUAUCGACGAGAAGCCAGUCUGAACACCGACACGACCGGUGAGUUAGGAAUAGAAUUGACUACUAAGGAUAAACGUCAAACGCCGUCACCGCAGGCAGAGUCCGGAUCUUCUCAUUCUCCGGAACUUGCCCAGCACUCUGCUGGUUUCACCUUCUUGCCCAAGUCCAAUGCUCUUCAACCAAUCGGCCAUUCUAAUACACCUAAGAAGACCUUUCUUCAGUCGAUCUCUCUCUUUGAUGGCCGGAAGACGGACGAGCGAUAUUGGGUCCUUUUGCUGCGACCGUUCCCCCUCCUCACUCAUCCAGCAUUUAUCUGGGGCUGCCUGAUCCAGGGAGCCAUGAUCGGCUGGACAGUAUUUAUCGGAGUCAUUGUCGCCGCCAUUUUCAUAGGGUCUCCCUAUUACUGGGAUGAGGUUGAUGCCGGCUACACUUACACGGGCCCUUUCAUCGGUGCCGUCCUAGGGUUUGUCCUGGCAGGUCUGCUCGCUGACACAAGCGUCAAGUACAUGACCAAGCUCAACAAAGGCAUAUACGAACCAGAGUUUCGCAUUCUUCUUGUGAUCCCUAUGAUGAUCAUUGGAGGGAUCGGACUCUAUGGGUUCGCCUUAACGGCACCUGGUGUGGUAAAAAAGGAAUACUCAUAUGUCAUACCUUUGAUGUUUUUCGGAUUUGAAGUCGCAGGGAUGGUCAUUGGUGCUGUGGCCAGCUCACUUUACAUUGUUGAUGCCUAUCGGGAUUUGACCAUUGAGGGCUUCACCAUCAUGAUCAUAUUCAAGAACUUUUUCAGUUUCAUCUUGACUUUCUUUGCCUACGAUUGGAUCAAUCAGGGUGGUAUCGAACGAACAAUGCUGGCGAUCUCCUCAAUUCAAGUGGUGGUGUGCCUUAUCAGCAUCCCUAUGUAUAUCUACGGUAAGCGGGUGCGAGCAUUCUACUACCGCCAUGAUCUGCUUGAUAUGACUGGCCUUCGCUAG